CUUCACAAAUACACAGAGCAACAUUUCAAUGAUUUCAUUAUUGAUACGCUGUAGAGGUUUUAGUAUGAACACACUGCACAGCGAGUCACAAAUUUAAGAUGUGAAGGGUUGGAUCCAAUCACCUAGUUGGUCUAGUAUAGACGACAAUACCACUUAGCAGAACCUGAUGAGCACUUGAAUGAGGGUCUUGUAAUGCUGGACUGCAGUAGCUGUGUCAUUCUUUGGAAAAGAUCUCAAUACAUUCUGAGAUAGUAUGCUGUGUAAAAGAAGGACUCUCAAACAAGAGUAGAAAUGCUUCAUGAGCAUUGCAAGAAAACUGUCCACCCACAGACAGACAAACUGGGGACAUCAUAGAGACCUAUUUGAGACUAGUACACAUCCAUAAUACACAUCUAGAGGCAUAAAUUGGUCAAGAUGUUUUCCGCUCUGAAGAAGCUUGUUGGUUCUGAGCCGGCUGGUCCAGUAAAGGACAAACACAUCCCUGCUGGCCUGCAGUCAAUGAACCAGAGCCUGCAGAGAAGAUUUGCUAAAGGGGUUCAAUACAACAUGAAAAUAGUUAUUCGAGGAGAUAGAAACACUGGAAAAAGCACCCUGUGGCAUCGGCUGCAGGGUAAGAAGUUCCAGGAAGAGUACAUUCCCACUCAGGAGAUCCAGGUCACUAGUAUUCACUGGAAUUACAAAAAUUUACAUCAAGCUACUGAUGAUGUGGUGAAGGUAGAGGUUUGGGAUGUGGUUGAUAAAGGCCAAAAAAUCCCCCUUCCAGAAGGUGUAGGAAAGGGAAAAAAGAGAUGUGAAACCUUGAAGUUGGACAAUGAACCUCAAGAGCAGACGGAGAGCGAACUGGCCUUGGAUGCUGAGUUUUUGGACGUGUACAAAAACUGCAAUGGUGUGAUCUUGAUGUUUGACAUCACCAAGCAGUGGACUUAUAAUUACAUUUUGCGGGAGUUGCCCAAGGUUCCCACUCAUGUGCCAGUGUGUGUACUUGGAAAUUACCGGGACAUGGGAGAACACAGAGUCGUUUUGCCUGAUGACAUCCGUGACUUCAUUGCUGGCCUUAACAGACCCCUUGGUUCCUCUUACAUCCAUUAUGCAGAAUCUUCCAUUAAGAACGGUUUUGGUUUAAAAUAUUUGCACCGAUUUUUCAACAUUCCAUUCUUGCAGCUUCAGAGAGAGACCCUGUUACGACAGCUAGAGACUAAUCAGUUGGACAUCGAUGCCACGCUAGAGGAGCUAACAGUUCAGCAGGAGACAGAAGACCAGAAUUAUGAGAUUUUCCUGGAAAUGAAAGACUCUGGUAUUAAAGGCUACAGCUCUCCCGGCCCUGCUAACGGACAGAGCCCCUCCUCAGGCUCGCAGUCUCCCGUCGUUCCUCAGAGUGGAGGCUCCACUAGCAGCUCCAGCCCCUGUAGCCCCCAGCAGCCUCCCAUUCCUUCCCAGACCCUGAAGGCUCCAUCCCCCUCUCCAUCCCCUCCUCCUCCCCCUCUCUCCUCAACACAAGCGCCUGCGACCUCUCCCUCUCCCUCCCCUUCUCCUGCUCACCCCGGCCCGACGGUCUCUGCUCCAGCUCAGGCUUCUGCCUCUGCUACUCAAACCCAGAAACGCAGCUUCAUCUCCAGGCUCUUUGGCUCCGCUCCCACCCAGGAUCCUCCAGCAGUCGCCCAUGAGCCAGAUCCAGUAUCUGCAGCGGCUCCGCCUGCAGUUCAGAGCGUGGAUGAUUUUGUGCCAGACGACGGACUAGACAAAAGCUUCUUGGAGGACGGUGUCCCUUCUAACCCAAAACUGGCUAUGAACACCCAGCCCUCUGCUGCGGGCCCUGCAGAUAGUGACAGUGAUGGGGAAGGAAAAGAGGGGAACCCCAUGGUCGCUGGGUUCCAGGAUGAUUUGGACCCUGAUGAUGCAGAACUUGAACCCAGAGCUUCUAUCCCCACUAAAGACUUGGACAUCACUCUCUCCAGUGACGAGGAGGGUCCAAACCCUUCUGUAGCUCAGGAUGAAGAUCUGAACCCUGAACCUCACCUGGUGGCUAUGGAUUCAUUAUCACUGGAGGACAAACCAAAACCUAUCCACAAAGAGCCUUUGAUCCAGGCCCAGCAGAGUGUCAGCAGUCAGAACAUAGAGACUUCCAUUCUUAGUCCAGAACACAAUACACGACCACUGCAGACAGCGGAAGCAGAAGCCCUGGCAGAUCCCCAAGCACAGGUUGUAAAACAGAAAGAAAAAUCGGCUCAGGCAGAGUCCUCUGACACAGACCCAGAUGAGCCCGUGGCCAAACAGAUGCUUUCAUUUGUCAUGGAUGACCCUGACUUUGAGAGUGAGGAAGAAGUAAUACAGAAAGUAGAUAAGGAAUCUUUCCCAGUUAGAGAUGAUAUUCCUGAUCUAUCCGAUGAUGACAUCACCACAGCUAAAAUUCCUGAGCCCAUGAAACCUACUGUACUCUCCUUCAAAAGCAAGAAUGACGGUGACCUCUUUGGCCUAGGAAUCGAGGAAAAGUCAAUCAAAAGCAAAGACAGCAGUGAGGAACAAGAUGAAAAAGAAAGCAAACAUUCCAAGGAAAAGAAGAAAAAGAAAAAGGUGAAUUUGAUUCCAUUAUAAUAAUUCAUAUUUGAAAUGACGGACUCUUGUUUUAUAGCUACUUUGUAUUUCAUCUCAGGAUGAUGACAAAAGCAACAAGAAGAAACACAAGCACAAGAAAAA